CUCAGCUGAGGAAUGAGAAGAAAUUAUUUUUUAUUUUGUUCUCUUGUUUUUCUAUGUUGUAAUUAAUCUUUUAAUUGUGAUUUAAAAACGUUAACCUCUUUUUCCUUCGAAUUAACCAUUGUCAUCCAAUGGAUUCAGACAAUUUGAAAGUUUUAAUUGGUGAACUUGAUGGUUUAGAAUCUGAGUUGACAUCAUUAGAGCAAACAGUUAAAGAUUAUCAUCAUGCUUAUUCCGAAUGUCGGAAAAUUGAAGCCCGUUGUUUUAAGGAGCUUCAUCAUCAGGAAUAUCGGACAAGCCAAAUUGAACAAUCUUUGAAAGGGAUCAAACGAAUCACUGAAGAAGACUCUAAUUUAACCACAGAGAUCAAAGAGCGAGUUAAAACUAAUAGACAACGUAUAAGUGAAGCUAAAGAACUUCUACCAACAAAUAAUAGCUUAUAUUUAAAAGUUAUUCUCGGUGGAAUUAAUGCCACUCUGGUAGAUAAGGAAGAAAAAUUUCAGUAUAAGGAACAGUAUGAAAAGUUUAAACUGGUAGUCAAUGCGUUGAUUCUUGUUGUUGCCCUUUUGGAUGUGUUGUUCAGUUACAGAGUAAUUGAUGCAUGUCUUCAUUUCUUACUUGUCUGGUAUCAUUGUACGUUAACCAUUCGAGAAAGUAUUUUAAUUGUAAACGGAUCACGAAUCAAGGGUUGGUGGAGAGCACUUCAAUUCAUCACUGGAAUUAAAGCAGGAAUCAUAAUCGUCUGGCCGGACGGAUUAAUGUACGAUCUUUUCCGGAAACAAUUUCUUUACUACAUUGUUUAUACCAGUUUCCUUCAAUUUCUACAAUUUUAUUAUCAACAUAAUUGUUUAUAUCGUUUAAGAGCUCUUGGUGAGCGAUACGAGAUGGACAUUACUAUCCAAGGGUUUCAUUCGUGGAUGUGGAGAGGUUUAGGUUUCCUGAUACCCUUUCUUUACUUGGGUUAUGCAUUUCAAUUCUACAAUGCUUAUACCUUGUACAAUCUGAGUAAACAUCAACUUUGCACCGAAUGGCAAGUAGCUGUUUCCUGUUUCAUAUUCUCUGUCAUCUUUUUGGGCAACAUAAUAACAACCUCUCUAGUCGUUCAACAAAAGUUCAAGGAAAAAAUGAUCGAUCGAAUACAUCAAACUCUAAAUAUUCCUAAAUGUCCAAGUGUUUCAAAUCUUUUGAAAAAAGAUUAAAUUAAUUAAACUAUUUGGACAAAGAGAUGAAGGAACAAGAAUAAUUUAAGAUCAAGAGAAACACGGAAACAGAAUUUACUAAAUCAAUAACUUCAUCUAAACACCUAAAUCAACAUCUACCCGACUAAAAAUCCCUCACAAUUGUAUAAUCAUAUCCUAAAGGUGAUAUCUAAUUAUAAGAUGAGAUUAAUUAUAAAAUCUACAUUAUUUUACUAUCUCAAUUAAAGACUCUUGCAUUUUUUAUUUUCCAA